AUGUUUUUAAUAAAUGUCCAUCCUCCUAAAACGUAUUUCGGUGCGGGAGACAUUAAAAAGUCAUUUGGUUCUCUUCCUGGAUUCCCAUGGGCAAAAUAUCCCGGAGAAAAACAUCUCCCAGGGCACAAUUAUACAGGUCCAGGCACUAGGUUAGAUCUACGAUUGGACGAAAAUGAUAAUCCCAAACCAGGGGAAGAACCCGUUAAUAGAGUUGACGCGGCAGCGCUCAAACACGACAUACUGUACAGAAACAAAGACAUAACAUUCAGACACCAAGCAGACAAACAAAUGAUAGACGAACUCGAAAAUAUUCCCUAUCCCACUUUCAAAGAGAAAUUACAGAGGGCUCUUAUCAUAAAUCUUUUGAAGGCAAAAUUGAAAUUGGAAAGAAUAACUGACGUGAAAAGAUACCUCAGACGAAAUAUUAAAAAUCUUGUGGACGAACCCAAACUACAACAAGAGUUAACGAGUUUGAAACGUCUUAUUCAAGUGGAUAAAACAAGUCAGUUGCAAAAUUUAAUAUCUAAAUUAGAUGAUAAGAUUACGAAGGUAAAAUUAGACGUCCAACGUUUAAUAGAUAACCCAAAUGUAAACGAGGAUAGAUUGAAACAAAAACUAACCGCUUUGGAAAGAAAACGAAUUGCUAGCAGAACUAGACAAGACCGUGGACAAAACCGAGUUACAAAAUUCGAUAUCCAAUUUGAACGAAAAGAAGCGAAGCAAAAAUCAGAUGUUCAAGAUAUAAUUAACGCACUUCCCAUUGACAAAGAUACGUUGAAACGACAAUUGACUGCUUUGGAUAAUAAAAUCACUGACGAAUUAGAAAAAGAAGUGGGUGUAAUUAAAAACUUUCUUCAAAAUAAAUUUCGAGAUGAUAUGAAAAAUUCUAUUAAAGAACAUGUCAAUCUUUUAGUAUCUAGAAUUCAUGACGAUUUUUUGAGACAAGAGAGAACGUUGACCAAAUUAGAAGGUACUGUCACGGACAAGUCGUAUUAUUUCAAUCUUCCAUUCGAAAGUCACACUGUCUUCGAUGAAAAAGACCAAAUUUAUAAAUCAAACAAAUACGGAUUCAAAGCAGAAAUAAAAGUGGGUUCUCUCGUAGACGGAGAACCUAAAAACGUAUUCGAUAUCGGCGAAACGGAAGCGUUUUCAUUUUCGAGGUAA